AUGUAAUAUUGACGGUGGCCCCUUCUCUUUCUCUCUCUCUAUUUUAUGUGAAUCUGAUUCUCUCUCCUCCUUCUCCUUGAUCAUCGCCUCGAUCAUUGUUUCUCUUAUUCAUCCUUGGAUUGGAGCCCUAGUUCGCCCAUUACGGGAAGCGGGAACCGAGAGAAGGAGAACAAUGAGCUUUCAAGAUCUCGAAGCCGGGCGGGGUUUGGGUUCUUCGAGGAGAGAUACGAUCAAUGGCAAGCAGGACCCGACUCAAGCCGUGGCCUCUGGCAUAUUCCAGAUUAACACGGCGGUUUCGACGUUUCAGAGGCUCGUCAACACCCUCGGUACACCCAAAGACACGCCAGAGCUCCGCGAAAAGCUGCACAAGACAAGGCAACAUAUUGGCCAAUUGGUGAAGGAUACUUCAGAGAAACUUAAAGUGGCCAGUGAAAGAGAUCAUCAUACUGACGUUAAUGCUAGCAAGAAAAUUGCAGAUGUUAAACUUGCAAAAGAUUUUCAAUCCGUCCUAAGAGAAUUCCAGAAGGCUCAGCGAAUUGCUGCUGAGAGGGAAACGGCAUACUCACCUUUUGUUCCCCAAGCAGUUCUUCCUUCCAGCUACACUGCUGGUGAGCUAGAUUUAAGUUCAGAUAAGAGUGCAGAACAGCGUGCUGUCCUUGUGGAGUCAAGGAGGCAAGAAGUUUUGCUGUUGGACAGUGAAAUUGCCUUUAAUGAGGCUAUAAUCGAUGAAAGAGAACAAGGAAUACAAGAAAUCCAGCAGCAAAUUGGGGAAGUUAAUGAAAUUUUUAAAGAUCUUGCUGUGCUAGUUCACGAGCAAGGAGCAAUGAUUGAUGAUAUCGGAUCCAAUAUUGAGGGUUCUCAUGCGGCUACCUCACAGGCAAAGUCACAACUUGUAAAGGCUUCAAAGACCCAAAGAUCAAAUUCAUCUCUGGCUUGCUUGCUCUUGGUGAUUUUCGGAAUCGUUCUACUUAUUUUAAUUAUAGUACUUGCUGCAUAGGAUUGGACAAGAUUGAAUCGUAUAGCAAAUUGCGAGGUCUGCUGAAACCACAGAAGCAAGUUUUGCUAUUCUGUCCAAUAUGCUUGACAGAAGUUUUUCGCUUCUAGCCCUAGUUAGUAUAUAAUGUGGUAAAAAGGCUCUGCGAAUGGUUGUUUUUGUGUGCAGUUACUUUUCUAUGAGUUGGUGUUUCUGGGAUUUGAGCUUCUGUUGCAAGCUUUUUUUUUUUUUUAUUAUUAUGGAAGCAGUGUUUUACUUUGAUCUAAUAAUCAAUAUUCCUAAUUCUUUGGGUUUCUCAGUGUUGUGCUUUAGUGGAUUGUAUUAGGUAUAUUAUACAUCACUUUUGAAGGGUUGUUUCUCAAGUGAAAGUAUUGGUAGUGUGGAUUGUGGAUGUGAUACACUGGUACAUAUGCACUAGUCAAGGGUUUCCUUACAAUAAGGCAUGAAUCCUCGCACGUGGAAUAGAUGUGCCUUGAAUCAUCAGUUACUGUUUUUUUUCA